UAUAGACAUGAUCUUACCACAUAGAUUUGUGCGGCGUUAUGGCGAACGUAUAUGUAAUAUUAAUUUUGUUACUUUGUCUGGGCUUACAGUACGCGGACUCGUUUCCUCAAAAUUUCACAUCAACCAAUGAAGCUGAGGAAACCACAGUUGAGACAAGUGCAGAUUCAAGUACAUUCUACAGUGAGGAGGCCACAACAAUAAAGUACACAACAGAACAGUCAAAUGAAUCUGAAUCCGUCGAAGAAACAUUCUAUCUUCUCCCCGAAUAUGAUACACCCACCUAUCGCCUGCACUUGUCUAACUUUAGACUAUUAAAUGCACAUACGAAUAAGAUUAUAAGCGAAGGUCGUGAUUUUCUCAAGGUCUCACUAAAGGCAAUGAAUGCGUUACCCGACAAAACUCCAGGCAUUGAGGCGAAUAUAACGCGCAUGAAUAAUUUACUCGAACUUAUCGAAAGCAUCGAUUUGUCUAAAAACUCAUAUGAUGCUAUAGACAGAAAAGCUGAAAUUAUCGAAGAACUUUCGGAAUUGUACACCGAUUUCGCUACUAUGCUCCAUUACCAAGUGCCGAAGGAAGAUGCUGCAGUGCUGACAUUACUCUUUAAUAAAAUCGAUUUGCAUGGCUUUAAUGUGCGCAUAGAUGAGUCGUUGGCGAGAACAGUCAGGAAAAUUACAAAAUUGGUUAAUCGAUUUUUUACGAAACUUACGGCAGAAGAAAAACAAAAGUAUAGAGAAUUAUUGGAAUGGUAUGAGCAUUUCCAGAAGCCGAAGGAUGAUCAAGAUAAAUUCGACGAUGCUGUCUUAUUGUUUCAAUAUCUUUUAUUGCAACCUGUUGGGUAAAAGAAUUUGAGUAAUUUGUUGUUUUAAUAUGUGUAGACGUGCAAUAAAACCGUUACAUUCUUACA